AAUUGUAGAUUUAUGUCUUCAUCUUCGUAUCCCUAAUUUGGACGCUAGACCAGACACUGUUUCAUAUUUUCUUUUGAGGAUAACAAAUAUACAAAUUUUGCAUGCGAGUAGUUCAUGAAUUGCAAAAUAAGUAACAUAAACCCGAAUUUUUGUUUUUAUUUUAUUUCGGAACAAGGACUCGGAGCCUGGAAAUUCUCAGGGAAGGGCUUUCCGGCCAAUUAUAAAUACCUUCCUUUCUCCAAUCAAUGUUCUCACCACCGCUAAAUCAUCUCCAUUUUUCCCUCUCUCAUUUCUUUCUUCCCUUGAUUUCUCUCCCUGAUCCAACGAUGACGGUCACCGUCCUCAUUGAGAAUCCCGAGUUUGGAGUUGCGGCGGAGGAGAAGGGGGUGGAUGAAGAGUCGGAAUUGGUGCUGGACGGAGGGUUUCUGGUGCCCUACGCCAAUUCGUUCGGCCACGGCUUUAGGGACUAUCAUGCGGAAAGCGAAAGGCAAGAAGGGGUAGAGAAUUUCUACAAACUCAAUCACAUUAAUCAAACUUACGAUUUCGUGAAGAAGAUGAGAAAAGAGUACGGUCAACUGAACAGAGUGGAGAUGAGCAUAUGGGAGUGCUGUGAGCUUCUCAAUGACGUGGUUGAUGAGAGCGAUCCUGAUUUGGAUGAACCUCAAAUCGAACACUUGUUGCAGACCGCUGAAGCCAUCAGAAAGGAUUAUCCUAACGAAGAUUGGCUGCAUUUGACUGCUCUUAUACAUGACCUUGGAAAGGUGCUUCUCCUUCCAAGCUUUGGUGGUCUUCCUCAAUGGGCGGUUGUGGGAGACACCUACCCUUUGGGUUGUGCUUUUGAUAAAUCCAUUGUCCACCACAAGUAUUUCAUGGAAAAUCCUGGUUACUAUAAUCCCGCAUAUAACUCUAAAUACGGAGUUUACUCACCAAAUUGUGGACUUGACAAUGUAGUGAUGUCGUGGGGGCAUGAUGACUAUAUGUAUUUGGUGGCAAAGGAGAAUAAUACUACUUUACCUUCUGCAGCACUUUUUGUUAUCAGAUACCACUCAUUCUACUCAUUACAUAGAUCUCAUGCAUAUAAGCACUUGAUGAAUGAGGAGGAUGUCGAAAACCUGAAGUGGCUGCGCAUAUUCAACAAGUAUGAUCUCUACAGCAAGAGUAAAGUCCGGGUUAACGUUGACAAAGUGAAGCCGUAUUAUCUCUCUCUCGUUGAGAAGUACUUUCCUGCCAAGCUACGAUGGUAAAACAAAACCUGUGAGAUUUGAGUUCUGUGAAUGGUUGACACAUAAGGUGAAAUGGGGUCAGCAAUAGCAUGCAGCAGGCUAGAGAUUUGGAGCUUGGGGGUAAAUUGGCUCAAACUAGUCACCAAAGUUGUGUAUUAAAUAAUAAAUAAUAAUAAUAAUAAUAAUAAAAACAAAAGUCGUUCUUUUCUAGCUUCUGUGCAAAUAUUGUACCAGGUUUUCACUCAAUAAAACUAUUGGUUUAUUCCCGUGACUUGUCCACUUAUAUAAGACUACAAAACUACCUGCAUCUUGACAGGAAGGAAGGUGUUCCUAUCGGUAAUAAGUGAAAGCAAUAUUAUGGACUUUAAAUGAAAACUAAACUAGUGGGUGAAAACUGAAAACCAAAAUGCAUAAAGUUGAUAAUUGCACAACAGAUCCGUCUUAAACGAUACUGAUCAACACAACAGUAUGGGUUGAACCUUUGUUUGCCAUGAUGUGCUGCCAAAUUAAUCAGCUUGGAUAUAAAUAUACAGAGAUUCAUGGAUCCUUAGGCUAAUCUCAACACAAGAAUCCUCCAUGAGAUCGAAGGACACCGAGUCAAAUAAAUAGUUUCAAGUUUCAGCAAACCGGAUAGCACAUAUUUUUAUUCAACCAGAUGCCUGCCAGUUGGAAAUACAGCAACUUAAAUUUUUUGGUACACAUGAUAAUUAGAUCAUUAUAUUCAUAUGUUAUCUUUUAUCUAGUUUAUGUGUCAAAUUAAACUGGAAAUUCUAAUGAGAAUGUUAGGAAUGUAAAUCAGAGAUAUUUAAGGGUAUACUAGUAACUGAGUGAGGAAGGAGGGACUGAGGCAUUUUGUGAGUGAAUUAGGCUUGGGAGAGAUUUCAAAGGGAGGGUGCCCGUACCUCAAAUUACUUGUUGAUCUUGUAGUUUCUUCUUAAUAUUGCAAAUAUAUUAGUUUUC